AUGGCUAAGCAGGUGACGUUGGAGAUUGUGUAUUUGUGGAUGGUGACCGUGGAGAGCACACACUUCCAGGGAUGGUCCAAACAGCUAAAGAUCCUCCAGCAUCUGUUGGUUUGUGUUUCAGGUGUUUCUGCUGCUGAUAUAGAUGAAGUGAAGAAAAACGAGGGAGAAUCUGUCACUUUUGAUCCUCCUGUGGCAAGACAACUAAAUUAUGUGAUGACGUGGUAUUUUAAUGACACUCUCAUCACUGAAAUCACUGGAGAUCCAAAUAAAACCUGUACAGAUGUUCAGUGUAAUGAAGGCACUGAGAGAUUCAGAGACAGACUGAAGCUGGAUCAUCAGACUGGAUCUCUGACCAUCACACACACCAGAAACACAGACUCUGGAGAAUAUAAACUAGAGAUCAACAUCAUCAACAGCAGCUUCAGCAUCACUAGAGUGAAGAGAUUCAGUCUUACUGUCAUUGAUGUUCCAGGUUCAGGUCUGUCUUCAGGAGCUGUAGCAGGAAUAGUUGUUGCUGUUGUUCUGCUGGUGUUUGCUGCUGUAACUGCUGCUGUGAUUUACUAUCGUCACCACAGGACCUAUGCACCAGCAGCACAGAGUGAGAAUGAUGGCUUGUGA